AUGGAGACAAAGAAUAAGAGAGUUAAGCUGGAUCAUAUCAGACGAAGCCUCAAUUUUCUGAAUAGUUGUUAUGUGGAUCCUAUUGGAACUUCAGGUGGACUUGCCCUCUGGUGGAUGGAUGGGGCUAUCUUGGAUGUUCGCUCUAAAUCUCAAAAUAUUCUCAGGUGUAUUAUUUCGUCUCCCGCAGUCAAAGACGAUUAUGGGAAUGGAGCUCAGAGGAAUUCGUUGGCCCAUGAACUAGAAUUGGUCUUGCAGAGGGAGGAAAUGUAUUUACAUCAGCGAUCUCGGGUGCAUUGGCUCAACUUUGGAGAUCGGAAUUCUGCUUUUUUCCACGCUACAAUUAAGCAACGACACCAACGGAACCAGAUUUUGCAACUGAAAUGUGAAGAUGGCACUCUUCUGAGUUCGGAGUCGGACAUCAACUCUCAUUUGUUCACUUAUUUUUCGAAUCUUUUUUCUGGUGGUGGGAGUGGGGAAAUGGACAUAGCUCUUGAUGUGGUUCAUAGUGUUAUCUCCCUAGAAAUGAAUGCACUGCUGAUUCAAGAAGUAGUGGAUGAGGAGAUUAAAACAGCGAUUUUUCAACUUGGUUUACUGAAAGCUCCUAGACCGGAUGGCUUCCCAGGAUUCUUUUACCAUCAACAUUGGGAUAUUGUGGGGCCAUCUCUAUGUGCGGCGGUGAAAAGUUUGAGAAUUAAACAGGGUUGUCCUAAGUUGUCUCACUUGUUCUUUGCCAAUGAUGCGUUGCUUUUUGUCAAGGCCAAUCGAACGGAGUGUUCCAAGAUCUGUAAAUUGUUACAAAUCUAUGGCCAAGCAACAGGGCAGUCGGUUAAUUUUGAUAAGUCGGGUGUGCAGUUCUCAGGUAAUGUCUCAUGGUCGCACCGGAGGGAGGUGUGUGGUUUCCUUGGUAUCCCGCAGAUGCAAGCCAAUGCUAGAUACUUGGGCCUCCCGUCGUGUUGGGGUCGUUCCAAAGCUGAAGCCUACAAUUUCUUGUGUGAGAAGAUGCUGUCCAAAUUGCAAGGCUGGAAGGCCAAACUUCUUUCCCAAGCCAGCCGGGAAGUCCUAAUUAAAUCGGUCGCCCAAGCACUACCCACUUAUGCCAUGGCGUGUUUCCUGUUUCCAAACAAAUUGUGUGAUAAGUUUAGUUCCUAUAUUCGUAAUUUUUGGUGGAAAGGUGAUCCAGAGAGGCGCGAUAUUCAUUGGGCCAGCUGGAAUAAACUUUGUCUGUCAAAGCGUAACGGAGGCUUGAGUUUUCGGGACUUUCGGGCCUUCAAUUGCGCUCUCUUUGCUCGUCAAGGAUGGAGAUUAAUUGAGUACCCGAAUUCCUUGUGUGCCAAAAUUAUUAAAGGGAUUUACUACCCCAAUUCAGACUUUUGUCAUGCCACGCGUGGGGUGCGCCUUUCUUGGGCUUGGCUUAGUUUGCUUCAGGGGUGGAAUAUUCUCAACGGAGGGCUACGGUGGCAAAUUUUGAAUGGUAAGUCCGUCAAUUUUUGGGAUGAUCAGUGGAUUCCCUCUAAUCCGGGCUUUCGCGUUCAGUCUGAAAGGCCUAGAGGGGUUGUGGUGCAAAAGGUACAUGAGGUUAUGGUAUCUUCCCGCAAGUUAUGGAAUGAAAGUCAGCUUAGAAGCCUCGUUUCUGGAGUUGAUUGUGAUGCUAUUCUCUUUAUUCCAGUCUAUGUUACGGAUAAAGAUGAUACCCUUCUUUGGCAUUAUGAUUCAAAGGGCUAUUAUACGGUUAAGUUAGGGUACCGUGAAGCCGUGAAACAAGCGCACUUGGUCUCCACUAUUCCUUCUUCUUCCAUUGUGUGGUCUGAGAAUGAGUGGCUGCUCAAAGGAAGAAAUGAUCAUCUGUUUAACCAAUGCCAGGUUGACCCAACAGGGGUGAUCGCAAAGGCAAAGCGGGAUGAAGCUGAAUUUCUGGCCACAUGUCCAGCAGCCACUACUCCGCAGAUUGGGGCAUCGGGGACGACAAGUGGAGGAUCUUCAUGGGUUCCUCCUUCACGCAGUAAUUGA